AUGGGAAAGGUAACGAGCGUGGGAAAGACGACAGACGGGAAGAAGAGAAGGGAGAAGAAGACGACGACGGACGAUGUUGUUGAUGUGGGUUGGGCGAAGAAGAACUUUUGGGCGACGACGAACGGACCUGGCUUGUCUGCAGGUACCGGUACGGUAUGUAUGGUUGUUUGUUGGCUGCGGAAACGUAUCGACACUGUUCUCUCCAAGACCCCAGAUUUCCAGCUUGCAAAAUACGCUUAUUUACGCGGGUACCUGGCGUACCAGGAUUACAGUACCAAGAUCCAGAUCUUAGUCAGCGACUGGCCAACCAACCUAACCCGCAUCCGAACUAAACUACGGAGUACUCCGUACCAUAAUAGUAAUAAUUAUAAUAAUUACUCCACGCGGUGGUGCGGUGGUGCGGUGGUUGAUCUCCAUCACAAGCUCAUAGCAAGAAAUCAACCAACAAUCUACAAGUCAGUCUCGUGUUCACUGUCUUUGUUUAGCCUGCCGCAGGCAGAAAAAAACAACCUCUUGCCCCUCAAACAUGAAACCACAACUUAAGGCGGACUUAUCUCUCAAAGAAAGAUAGAUUCGACCUGACCCAUUGGCAGCUCAUGUACAAAGCAUUAUUAUUGAUAACCAUGCCUCUCUUCAAGCAAUGCACCCGUGCAUGAGCAUCAUGGAUCUUAAUCAAGAUCUGAUAAAAAAAAAAGAAUAUGUGAUCUUUUGUGCAGUAGAACUACAGUUAUAUUCUUCACACUCACUGAUGUUUUCCAUCUUAUCUGUGACAUCUCUUUUGUUGAUCUCUAAAAGAAAAUUAGACAAAGCAAGAAAAUAUCACAACUGAAAUCAAAGUGAUCAAUGCUGUUAUUAUUUUCUCAGACAAAAACUGUCUCUUCACACUUCAAAAACAAUCCAAUCACAGGCUUGAAGAAUGACUUGUUAUGAAACAAUCUUCAUCAAUGUCACUUCUUUUGUCAAGCUGCUCAUGAUUUGUCACCUCUCACAAGGAGAAACAAACUAUAUAUUGCAGUAUUUUCUCUUCCUUUUGAAAAUUUUUGUUGGACAUAUUCAUAUGUAGAAUAUAAAGUGCCAAGCUGACUGAGAUCUCAAGAAAUACAAGUCAAGAUAUCACACCUGGAAAAAUUGAAGAUCAGCAAUAUUCUUCAUAAAAAUCACACGCAAGGGCGAAAAAAAAAAAAGAAAAGAAAAGAAAAGAAAAGAGAAGAGAAGAGAAGAGAAGAGAAGAAAAGAAGCAGCAUUGGGCAAACACCACAUCUUCUCUCAAUCUUGGAAUUAUUUCCAGGGCGGGCUUCAUUAUUAUCAUUCUGAGGCGACGCCAGCCCUUUGAACAACAAGGUGGCUGAGUUGGCUCCAUUCGCAUCAACCCGUUGCAAAUGCCCCCCUGACUAACUCGAAGCAACCAACAAAAAACCCUCAACUAGCUCCACUCAAGGCUCGGCCCUAAACUCAAAAGGAACCAAGCCGGCAAAAUGGACAUUCUCUUUUUCUCACCCAUCCUUGUUAGUAAAACUUGUUACUUGUGAUGAUGCAACCACACGAUGGCAAGCGAAUUAUUAAACAAGUGGGAAACAGGUUUGCCUGUUCGCGGCCGAAACAUUUCGAGGGACGAGUCUAGUACAAGCGUACUCCGUACAUGAUGUACACAAUAGGCUGGCACCGCCACAAUUUGCCCUCCUGGUUUGACGAGCCCUUGUGCAGCGUAAUUUCAGCGGCUUUUUGAUCGUUGUUAUUUACAUAUAUCGCUGGCUGGUGUGAAACAUACACACGGAGAGAGAUCUUGAUGUUUAUAGAAUAUCAGAGCACGUUCUGUCUGUUCUGCAUGUUUAUAAGAUAUCUGUAGAUAUAUUAUUCUGCAGUCUGCGAGAAAAAGAUAUUAAAUUGUUCUAUUUAUUAUACAUAUUGUUACGGGCAACAGUCAGGAAAAUUUCGAAAUAAAAUCGUCAAACAGUUAAGUCCUUCGUAUGGUAUGGAUCUGUACUCCGUACAUGCUUUCAAUCUGGUAUUGUAUGUAAAGCCAAUACCACCGGCGGUGUAUCACACUCCCUCGGACAAAUUUCAACUAAAACCAACUGAUUCGUUUGAGCACAUACAGAGUACUCCGUACAACAACACACAUAGGGAAGGGUUAUUCUUUUCUUUUUUUAUAUGUUUACUCAAGCAGAGAAGUUAUUCAUGAUUGCUAAUAGCACAUUGAUAUCUAUUUAUUAGUUAUUCCAGUAAAUGGGAAUUUUUACUCCUGGUGUCAAGAGAGUCUACAACUUAUGCUUAUGGAUAAUUCAUCUUGCCAUGAGUUGAGUUGAUUAAGAAAAUGAAAAUGAAAAAAGAAAGAAAAGAGAAAGAAAAUGAGUUAGAAUUUCAAUUUCUAAGACUGCAAGAGCACUCUAGAGAAAGAGUGUUAGUAUGCUUUCAAUCUGUUGCAAUUAUAGCUCAAUAACCGCUUCCUCUCUCUUCAUAUCUCUAUUUUGCAUGAAUGAGCUUCUUUCUACUCUUGAAGUUGAUCUUUCUUUUACAGCCACUGAAUCUUAAUGUGUAUGAAUCUCUUCUCUUUCUAUUGAAUGCUGAUGAGCUUAUCAUGAAUAUAGCAACUGCUGCUAAUUUACUCAGAUGCUGUUGACAGUUCAAACUGCAGAGUCAAAAGAAAUUGGAAUCUUGAUUACUCUUAUUAUGAUCUCAUCACUCACUAUAGAGUAACUCUACUAUGUUAAUACUUUUCACACUUUCCUCUUACUCUUCUUUUAUAGUAUAAACUCAAGCCGUUGCAUUCAUUUCUUUCUUGCUGGAUAUGUCUGGUAUCAGGCGGAGAAAGAACUCUCUGCCUUGAGUCAAUGAUAUGAAUAUCUGUAGUUAACUAUAGAUCUACUCUGGUAGAUAUGAAAUUGUGUCAUUGCUAUACUAGUGCCCCAGUGAACUGAUUCUUGCGAUUAAACAGUCUAUAGCUAUAGAUAGACAUUUCUCGGCUUUACAGAGCAACUAUAAUGAAACCAUUUGAUUCUAAUCUCAGUACUGAUAGAGUAAUA